AUGCUGCGAGAUGAGACCUUGGCGAAGAGGAUCAAGGCCACGGUGCUCAUGGAUCCGAUCUGCUUUAUGCUGCAUUUGCCAGACGUCGCGUACAACUUUACUCGCCGCCUCCCCCAACAAGCCAACGAGCACAUGCUCUACUACUUCGCCUCGCAGGACAUGAUGGUCAGCCACACGCUCGCCCGCCGUUUCUUCUGGAACCGGUUGGUCUUGUUCAAGGACGACUUGCCUUCUGACAUGCCUUUGACGGUGACCUUGAGCGGCCAGGAUCUGAUCGUGCCAACGCGGGAGGUGUGGGAGUAUUUGACGGGUGAGCCGGCGCCUGUUGUGAAGGAUAGUGAAUGGGAGGAAGGUCAGAUGCGCGUACACUGGUUUGAGAAGCUGGACCAUGCGGGUGUCUUCGCGAACAAAGGCAUACGGAGGGGGCUUGCGAAGGAAGUGCGGGAGCUCAGCGGUGCUCGCGAGUCCAAUGGCCGGAUUUGA